AUGCUUCUACACCCGGAGGUCUGGGGUUCAAACCCCAGAAAAUACCAAAUUAUGCAGAUUAUGGUGAAACAAGUUACAAGAGAUCUUCAGCUUGGUGCAGGGCGUACCAUCGAACAUGGAUCUCAUAGGACGGCUCGGAGUGAUGCAGUCAGGCCCGCCGAGUCUUACCAAACUCUUCACUUACUACCGUCUCUCUCCACUAACCCCCUUGCAUGUCUCUCUACGGAGGUUCCGCUGCCGUCUCUCGCCACUUACCCUAGCAUAUAUCCUCCGCCUUUGUCGGCACAGAAGUUUGCCGCCGUCGCUCUCAUUAAUCCCAUCGUCCCUCUCGACAAUCCGCUUUACUCUCUCUCCUUAUCCCCUCCUCUAUCUUCUUCGCCGACUCUGUCCACACUCACCGUGUCCCGCCAUUUACCCCUUCAUGGAAGGAAACGAAAGGAGUCAAAUCUAUCUGCCAAGAAAGCUUCUAAGCGACAACGCACCACUAAACUCUCUAGUCGACGCACCACUACUUGCUCAACCUCAACCUCAACCUCCCCCCAAAACAACGAGUUCAAAGCCUUAUUAACCUCAUUGGAAGCCAAGGUCAUCACAUUGGAAGCAAGAGUGACCACACUAGAAGCUUCAAAUGCGCGAUUGAAACUAAUCCUUAAACGCAAACGGAGACGGUCCACAACUGCUUCGAAAUUACCACACUUUGCUGCAAAGCAUCGUCGUUUCUCCUCAUCGAAAGACCCACGUCAAGGGACUCAUGCUUCGCCAAAAGAUACCAGUGACCACAACAACCAGCAUCGCUCAACUUUACGAAGUGAUCCUCCAUCUCCUGACCACCAUUCACCUGACCAUCACUCUCCCGAACCCCAACCACUUGACCACUUACCACCUAACCACCAACCACCUGACCACCACUCACCUGACCACCACUCACCUGACCACCAUUCAACCGACCACCACUCAGCCGACCAGCAUUCUCAUGACCACCAAUCAUCUAACCACAGCUCUCCCGACCACCAAUCAUCUCCCCACCUUCCUCCUGCACACCUGUCUCCAACCUAUGAUACGGCUAUCCAAACUCAAGAUCAACCUGCCAUGGACAUUAACCUGUCUGACCACAAUUUCGUAUACCACACUCCCCCUCACACGUCAUCAAUUCAGGAGGCUGCACAACUGGAUGACAUCUUCCAUAAUCACCAAGUUCAAAGGAGUCCCUCUCUGUUCCUUCAAGGUAGUCCUUCACAACAUGAAGCCCCUAUAGCCACUUUACCACAGUUUGACCCCACACCUCUCAACAAUCUAACCACACAAACCCCGCCUAACCACAGUCCAUCAACACCAAAAGGACAUAGCCUUUUGCCCGUCUACGAUAGCUCAGCACCUCCACGCACGACCCCCAUCAGCUCACCCAACAAAGUUUCCCCACAAGGUUUUUCACCCCACUCCUCCACAAUCAAUGCUUUCGCUGCAGUUGCUGUUCUUAAAGGGUCCAGUACUAACUCUGAGGCACAAACGAGUGAUUCCCAUGUCUGUGAACUCAGUGAUUCCUCUCCAGCUAAAAAACAAAAAAGACAUACACCAGCAGAGGACGAGAAAUCCUUAGCAGAAGCACUAAUGAAACGACGGGAUUUCCCCCAGGUCGUGCUUAUCUCACCCCCUCCAGAGGAACUGUGGAAUCUGUUCUCAACAACUCUGCGCGCCAAAAGAAAUGUCAAACACGUUACACCUUCCAAAAUCGAUUUCUCCAAUGAAGACCUUCUGAAACUAGCCACUCCUAGGAUAUGGUCUGACACACUGUGCAACUUAGCUAUGACUUUCAGGAUUGCCUUUUGUUACCGUAUUCCAACCACGUUACCAACAUCAACUAAACCAACCACAGCUGCUUGCCCAUGUCACCUCAUUAACAAGGUCCUUUGA